AUGGCUGCAGGGCGGGCGCCACCAGAGCUGCGCUCAGUGAGAGUGAACCCGCGCGACCUUUCCCGGGUAUUGGUCUGGAACCGCAGCCCGCGCGUGGCGCAGCCCCUGUGGCUCGACUUUCAAGGCGAACCACAGCCCUUCCAGAUGCUGCUGCCAGGAGCCAGCCUCCGAAUCAACAGCUACCGAGGUCACCCUUGGCUCUUCAGGGACGCCAGGACAAACGACAGACUCCUGGUUAACCAAACUGAGUUAUUUGUGCCAUCUCUCAGUGUUGACGGGCGGCCUGCCUUUGCCAACAUCACGCUGCCAGUAUACACGCUGAAAGAGCGGUGCCUUCAAGUUGUGCGAAGCCUAGUCAGUCCCGAGAACUACAGAAGACUGGACAUUGUCUCCUCACUCUACGAAGAUUUGGAAGACCACCCCCACGUGAAGAAAGACCUGGAACGGCUUAGCCACGAACACAUUGAAAAUCAGUGAUCAGAAAAGGCAGCCAAAGAAAAUCACUGAAAAACUCAGCUUCUGACGGUAUUGAUGAACAAACCAAUGGAUGCUUUGGUAGACAGUAUCAGGAGGGUUAGCCUCUUCGGUUGGGAUAGAGGAAAGCUAACUUAAAUGCACAAAGCAAACAUCAUAAAGGGAGUCGUUUUAUGGAAAGUAUUUUUCCUAAUUGUUUAAGGCUUGUCCUUUUCUUAGUCCAUUCAGUUUGUAGUACUAUUUUGCUUCUGUUUGUAAACCAGGAUUGACUUUCCACGGCUACUGAAAUAAUGGCGGUAAUUUAUCUCCACAGAAGGCAGCUGUGCUCCUGUUUAGUUCUAGUAUUAAAGGUAAAUAAAUUGUU